AUGAACGAUCUCAGCGGCAUUAAAAUGCAAAAAGAAGAAGGAAACAGAGACUCCUUUAAGAUAAACAACCUUCCCCAAGUUGUAUUCUUAAGCAUUCUGUCGUACUUGGACCUGAAAGAUUUGGGACGAGCGUCUUGCGUUUCCAAGCACUGGUAUAACUCAACUCUGGAUCCCUGCCUAUGGAGGAAAUUGAAACUUCAAAAAAGGCAUAAGGUAGACGACGAGGUUCUUGUUCGAAUUACGAACCAUGGAUCAGCUGUCUCGGUGCUGGAUGUUUCGGAAUGCCGGAGUAUAACUGAGGAAGGACUCCUCAAAGCUUUGUUGCAGUGCAAGUGUCUAGUGGAUUUAAGUGUUGUUAGGUGUGUUGCUGUAACUGAUAAAAUUUUGUCGGUAAUUGGACAGUCAUGCCGGAAUAUCAGGUCACUAGAUAUAAGCUUGUGUCGUGUCACAGACACUGGAGUUAAAGAGGUAAGGCGCGGGGUAUGAAAAUACUUGAUACAAUGUCUCAGUACAAAGACAGGCCGAUAUAGAUUGCACUACACCGUCUGUGUGUGUGAAAAUAAACCUAUAUCACAUAAAUUAUGCUUGCUAUGCAGGUGAUCAUGCUUGUCACAAUGUAAAAACAGGCAGAGAUGCAAACCUCUGUUGCAGCUGUAGAUUUGGCCCCAGUUAUUCAAAAGGUGGAUAGCGCUAUCCAACGAAUAAAUCACUAUCCAGUGGAUAACGCAAUUAGUUUUUGUAUUACUUAUCCAUUGGUUAGUGAUUUAUCCGGAGGAUAGCGCCAUCCAACAUUUGAACUACUGGGGUCUGAAAUCUAGAGGUUGACUCUCUUGCAUAGCAGGGGUUAGGAUAAGGGGUAAAGGGUAAGGAGUGAAGGGUUCUGGGUAGAGGUUGAACAGUAAGAGGUGAGAGGUAAGUGAGGGGUAAGUAGACUGUUCACAGUUAGGCCUUUCCCGAUUGUGUUCUGCAACUAUUGAGCAACUUUUGGUGUUUGGAGCAACUUUUUGUGGUUCCAGCAACCUCCUGCAGAUUUUGCCUUUCUGAGCAACUUUUGAGUAGUUAUCAGAGAUAAUGCAAACCUUUAAAUCAAUUGGACGCAAAAAGCUUGAAAGUUAAGUUAACUUUGUCAUUUUUUUUCACCAGGUAACUCUCAAACUGAGUCGUUAGUUUUGUGUAUUUUGAUAUCUACCAUUAUCUAAAGCUGUUUUACUACCUAAAUUUGUUUUCAGCUCUGUGAAGGCUGCGUCCAGUUAGAGAAAUUGACUAUGGACCAGUGUCGCUCACUGACCAGUAACAGUUUACUUUCAGUGGCUCAGAACUGUCCAAACCUCACAUUCAUCUCAGUUGAGUAUAAUGAUAAAAUUGGAGAUGAUGGAGUCCAUGAACUUGUGCACAGGUGUCCCUUGCUUGAAAGACUUCAUCUCAACUCAAGCGGGAUUACUUCACAGACAGCACUGUUUGUUGCCCAGUGUUGUAGAAAUAUCAUACUUCUGGAUCUUCGCUACUGCUCUAGUCUCACAGAUGAUGAAGUUAAAGAAGUAGUCAAUGGAUGCCCAUAUCUCCAGAUUUUGAACUUAAGUCUCUGUUCUCAUGUGACUGACAAGGCAUUGGACUAUAUAAUUUCACGUUGUGCCUCUCUGCGCAGUUUAUAUUUGGUACACUGCAAAAUAACUGACAAUGGUGAGGUUAUGUGCUACUUUAGUCAUCUAGGUCUAGCCACUGCUUUAAAACUGCUGACUUGUUGACAAUGGUGACAUUAAACUUGUAAUGUUUUACCUUGUUUGGGGGGAAAGCCCUGAAUAAACUCUCUUUCAGCACACUCCAAACAACCUGCCUGCUACAUAGGCUCUAAUAUGAGUGCUAACUCAGGAAGGAGUGAUAUGCAUCAUCUGUUUUGAAAGUAGUGGGUAGCUUGGGUUUAGACUGGCUUUGAGAUUCUUCUUAAUUGCACAGUACUGUUAUGACAUAGCAUGCAAAGAAUGAGAAGGUCUGAUGGAUAAAUAUGUAUUUCACUAACUAAAAGUUCCUUAAAAAAUAACCUGCUGCCUCUAUCUUUUUGAUAAUAAUUGCCAUCUAACUAAACCGAUUCUUUCUUCAGGGCUGGAGGCUUUUAAGCGCUGUGUUUGUAAGUUAGAGAGGCUAGAUAUAAGUUGGUGUCAAAAGGUUACAGACCAAGGAGUUCAUGCAGUUCUUGAGGGAUGCCGUCACCUCAAGCAUUUAGGUCAGUACCCUUUAGUAGAACCUUGUGGAGCAUUUUAUGGCUGUUCCUUCAAAGUAAUGAAUUCAUUACCCAUAAUAAUGACAGCUAAUUAAAUCCACAGGGCAGAGUACAGAACCCUUCUUUAAGGGUGCUUACAUCUUUUUUGAGUGUGUUCUUGUUCAAGCAAAGCGCUAACUACAUGUUGUAUACUAGAGCUAGAGUAUAAUCGAAAUUGCUUUGUUGAAAACCCUUCCUGUUCACUGAUAAGAUGCAGUUUCAGCUGUUGUAGAACUCGUACGACUCGUUAAGUUUCUAUAAAUUUAUUAUUAAAAACAAACCGGUCCCAACAAAACCCUUUUAAUAGACAUAAAUCAGCUCGGGGAUCGCACAGGAAAGAAGAAACACACAACUUGAGUAAGGAUAGCUGAUUUUCUUUUAAAUCCUUUCACUUUCGUUGGUUACAGAAACAAUGGUUUUUUCCCCAUACAUAACCUUAUAUUUUGAAGAUUACGCAAUAAUACCGAUGGUCAUAUUUCGAACUUGGGCCACCUAUGCAUUUACCAGUGAAGACCAGGAAAAAUGAAGCCUUUUUUUUCGUUUCAGGGUUGGUAAGAUGUGAUCUUGUCCGAGAGGAGACAGUCAUGCGGCUGAAUCAACAAUUUCCGCAGGUUUUCUUGAGUACAGUGUUAACAGAAAUGAACCGUGUGUGCAAUAGAGCUGAGCUGGCGUCUCUGCCGGGGACAUAG